CUCAAAUAUCCACAUGAACCAACUAAGAGAUAAAGACUUGAGAAAGUCACUAUCAACAUUUUUUACAUGUCACUUCAAAAAUAUUUGAUAAUAGAGAUUUCUCUUAAACGAGACCGCAAAACCUGAGAUCGUCACAUUCUCUUCAUUCAAUAUCAGACCGAGUCAAUUUAAUCAGCCUUUCACAUUAUCAUUCCCACUCAUAUACGGGAAUUUUCCCAGUUAUUCAUCCCUUCACUUUUUUUAGAAAUUUUACCACAAAAAGCCAGUGGCAAACCCGUAAUACCCUCCCCAUCUCGAUGGCAAUCUCGUACACCGCCCGGGGACAAAAUCCAACCUGGCAAAUUCCCAUUUCCGCAAACGGUCAAGUUGAAAUCACGCUUAACGAAAGGUUAACGAAUCCGCCAUUUCUUAUGUUCUCCGUGGGCAAAUCCGUCAUUACGCCUCCGCUAUAAGUAUGCCGCCCUUCGCUUUCCAGCACUCUCCUACUGUACAAAACCCAAACAGCACCGACCCUCCCCUUCUCUCACUUAACUUUUCUCCCAGCAGCCGUCGCCGCGUCUCCGCCGCCGGAAGAACUCUCCGGUUCUUCGCGCAUCAACGUCCGGCGCCGUUUCCUCCCAGACGAGGAAGUAUUAAUUUAAUCAAUUUUGGCUUUUUUUGGAACAGAAAGGUGUGUAUUGCGCGUGUUCCACACACACACGUUAAUAUUGUGGUUAACUGGCAGCAAUUAUCGUCAUUGAAGUGUGACAGCGGUGUUUGGUCAAACCGUACGGUUGACCGUGUGUUGCUUUCAAUCGCCGAGCCCUCGGAAGGAGAGGGAGUUUAAAACGGGGUUUUAUGAAAGUAUGAAACGCCGUCGUGUGGAGAUGAUUUCACUGGUUUAACCUGAGUAGAUUUGCGAAAGACUGUGAAAAUGGGGCGGUUGGGGGUGGGGUUAGUCAUGGGAUGUGCGGUGGCGGCGUGUGUGGUGGCGACGGUGGUGGUGGGCAGGCGGGUAAGGAGGCGGAAGAAGUGGCAGAAGGUGGCGUCGGUUCUGGAGGAGCUGGAGGAGGCCUGCGCCACGCCUGUUGGGCGGCUGCAGAAAGUAGUCGAUGCUAUGGCGGUCGAGAUGCAUGCUGGGCUUGCAUCUGAAGGCGGGAGCAAGCUUAAGAUGUUGCUCACAUAUGUGGACAAUCUUCCCAAGGGUAGUGAGAAGGGAACAUAUUAUGCUCUGGACCUUCGAGAUACAAACUUUCGGGUUCUGCGGGUUCAGCUUAGUGGUCAAAGGUCUACUGCUCUCAGACCUGAUGUACUGCAACAUACCAUUCCUCAACGUUUACUGAGCGGCUCCAGUGAGGAACUCUUCGAUUUAACUGCAUCAUCAUUGAAGGAUUUCAUUGGAAGGGAAAAUGACAACUGUGAACACUUGCAAGAUGGGAGAAGCCUUGGCUUCACAUUUCCUUUUCCGGUCAAGCAAACUUCUCUCUCAUCUGGCAACUUGAUCAAGUGGACCCAAGGAUUUGAAAUUAAAGACAUGGUUGGAAGAAAUGUUUGUGAGUGCCUACAAGUUGCAAUUGCUAGAACAGGUCUAGAUGUUCGAGUAGCAGCAUUGGUUAAUGAUACUGUGGCAACACUGGCGCUUGGACAUUACAAUGAUAUAGACACAGUUGCAGCUGUUAUAUUUGGGAAAGGUACUAAUGCUUGCUAUGUGGAGCGAGCCGAAGCAAUCAUAAAAUGCCAAGGGCUUCUAACAACUUCAGGAAGCAUGGUAGUCGAUAUGGAAUGGGGAAACUUCUGGUCAUCUCAUUUACCACGAACCUCAUAUGACAGCGACUUGGAUGCUGAUAGCCCAAACCCUAAUGAUCAGGGGUUUGAGAAAAUGAUAUCAGGAAUGUAUUUGGGGGAGAUAGUAAGAAGAAUUCUUCUUAGAAUGUCUCAGGAGAGUGAUGUUUUAGGUCCCAUGUCUUCAAAAUUAGCAACCCCGUUUUUGUUGAGGACACCCCUAAUGGCAGCUAUGCAUGAGGAUGAUUCACUUGAAUUGAGUGAAGUAGCAAAAAUUCUAGGAGACAUCCUGGAGUUACCCGAUGUCCCUCUUAAACUUCGAAAGCUAGUGGUGGCAGUGUGUGAUGUGGUAACUCGCCGAGCUGCUAGGUUGGCUGCUGCUGGUAUUGUGGGGAUAUUGAAGAAGAUUGGGCGAGAUGGGACCGGUGGCAUAGCUAGUGGGAAAUUAAGAAGUGGAAGGUCAUGUAGGAUGAAAAGAACGGUCGUGGCCAUUGAAGGUGACAUGUAUACUAGCUACUCCUCAUUCAGAGAAUACUUGAAUGAAGCAGUGGUAGAGAUCCUAGGGGAAGAAGUGUCCUCACAUGUUACCAUUUCAGCUACCGUAGAUGGAUCGGGAUUAGGGGCAGCUCUUCUUGUGGCAUCUCAUUCAGCGCAUCCAAUGUGAAUAUGGUACAGGUGCUAUGAUACGUAAUUUAUACAAUAUUAUAUAUAUAUAUAGCUCUGUAAAUUGUAGAAGUGAUUUGUCCGUAAAAAAUUAUAUAUAUGUAAAAGGGUAAAAUAUUAUUUUGUAAAUACAACUAUAUAAGUGGUAUAAUAUAAGGUCUGAUUUAUAGUGUUAGGGCAUUUCCAUUCUAUUUCAAUGUGCUCCCAUUCAAUUGGAAUUUCAAUUUAUUGAUAUUUUUAUGAACUCAGUUUCUCUUCUAAUUAUAUCGAACCCAAAAGGGCAGUGUAAAAUGUAAAACAGAGGUGGCAGUUGAAUGAUGUCCAUUCGUUGUAUUUGUUUAAGUUAUUGUAUGCAAUUAUAUACUCGCCGUUUCCUUCAAUGGUUAUUGAUCUUUUGUUUAUUACUACGUAUGAGGUACGAAAUGCCUCUGGCGUAGGUGUCUGUAAUUUCUUUCCACAGCUUGCUGGUAGAAAGUAGACUGCCGCACAAGAAGACAACCCAACACCCUUUCUUUGGGCUCUUGUAGAAAAGACAUGUUGAUUUAUUAUUAUUAUUUACUUUGUUUGGCAUCAGUAGGAGGCACGGUUCCAGAACCGGACCAGAUUGUUACCCGAAUACCCGGCAGUCCGGCAAGAGACCAAGAAUGGAUCGGAGCUGGAACCAAGACCGACUUUCUUGGUUAAUGACUGGUUCCUCCGGUCCUCCCUAGUCUCUAAUCUGUACUCUGAACUGGUCCGGAAUUGGAACCGUCUCGGGUCCGCGCCAAAGCCUUAGGUCUCAAUGAAACAAGGUGGGAGUUGGUGUAAUUUUGCAUCGCAACCGUAAACUAUAUGACUCAAGCCUCCCUCGGUGUCAAGGUGGGGGGAAAGCAUCUUUUUGUACUCCUUCUGUCCCAUUGGAGUUUGCUAACUUCCUCUUUUUGGUUGUCCCAAAAAAUUUUGCCACUUUCCUAACUCCUAAUAAAGCAGCUAAUUUGUGGUUCUGC